CAGAUCAUUCCGCCACCUACGCUACGCUACAACAGCACCCGUGUAGUAGGAGUAGCUCGCGUAUAUAAACGUCAAAAAGGGGGGCUCGUCUCUUCUCGUAGUUCGAGCACCAAUCUAGAUAGCUUCCUUCCUUGCUUGCAAGCCACAGACACUCCGGCCGGGAAAAGAUCACGAGCUCUUUUGGUGUCUCUUUGGUUUCCUUUUCUCCUCAUAAGCUAGCUUUUUGGUGUGGCGUGUGCUGGUGAGGAACUGGAGAUGGACAACAGCGGCUGGCUCGGCUUCUCCUUGUCUUCUUCUUCCGCCGCCGCCAGGGGCUACGGCGACGGCGGCGGCGAGGGGGGACGAGGAAGCGGCGGCGAUGGUGGUUCCUGCUCUUCUCCAACUGCGGCGGCGACGGCGGCGGCGGCGGGAUCGCCUGUCGUGGGCGUGCCGUUGCACUCUGGCGGCUCUGCGCAGUACGAUGGUCAAGAUUGGAGGCAUCAUGCGGAAGCCAAAGGCCCCAAGCUGGAGGACUUCCUGAGCGGUGGCUACAACAACGACAGGAGCAGCGGCAUCUACGACGACGGCAACCGCGCCGACCAGCUCAAGUAUCACCAGGACGUGCACGCCUUCCCUGCAGACUCGUACUACCGUGGCCAUGGCGGCGGCGGCAUCAUUGGGCUGGACAUCAACAACGCACCACCCUGCGCCGGCCUCUCGGACCACCGAUCCCUCGCGCCGCAAGACCACCACCACCACUUCAUGCCUCCGCACCACGGCCACGCCCAGUACGCGCUGUGCACGCCGAACCAAGGCGCGGGCACUAUGCAGGCGGCGCCGAUGUACAACGCAGCCGCGGGCUUCGACGGCUCCAUGUCCAUCUCCGGCAUCAAGUCCUGGCUCCGGCAGUCCAUGUACAUGCCGGAGCGCUCGUCGGCUGUGCCGCCCUCCGUGGCCGUGCCCGCGCCGAUCGAGCCGCCGCUGCCGGCGCCGUCGGUUCCCGUCCCUCGCAAGCUCGCGCAGACGUUCGGGCAGAGGACGUCGCAGUUCCGUGGCGUCACCAGGCACAGAUGGACGGGGAGGUACGAGGCUCACCUGUGGGACAACACUUGCAGGAAGGAAGGCCAGACCAGGAAAGGGAGACAAGUUUACUUAGGUGGGUACGACAAGGAGGAGAAAGCUGCGAAGGCUUAUGAUUUAGCAGCGCUCAAGUACUGGGGACCGACGACUCACAUAAAUUUCCCGUUAAGCACCUAUGAGAAAGAGCUUGAGGAGAUGAAGCACAUGACGAGACAGGAGUUCAUUGCGCACUUAAGAAGGAACAGCAGUGGCUUCUCGAGGGGAGCAUCCAUGUACAGAGGAGUGACCAGGCACCACCAGCACGGCAGGUGGCAGGCCAGGAUUGGCAGGGUGGCAGGGAACAAGGACCUGUACCUUGGCACCUUCAGCACGCAGGAGGAGGCGGCGGAGGCGUACGACAUCGCGGCGAUCAAGUUCCGCGGGCUGAGCGCCGUGACCAACUUCGACAUCAGCAAGUACGACGUGAAGCGCAUCUGCGCCAGCUCGCACCUCAUCGGCGGGGACCUGGCAUGCAGGCGCUCGUCCCCGACCCACGCGCCGGCGCUCGUCAACGCCCCCAUCACCGUCGACCGCUCCGACGUCGCGUCCGACCACAGCUCCGACGCCUCCGACGGCCACCGCGGCGCGCACCUGCUGCACGGGCUCCAGUACGCGCAGGCCAUGAAGUACGAGGCCGGCGAGAGCAGCCACGGCGGCAGCUGGAUGCCGGCCGCGGCGAGGCCGGUGGGCGGCGUCCCGGGCGUGCACCCGCUCCCGGUGUUCGCGCUGUGGAACGACUGAUUGACUAGCGUAGCACUAGCACGCAACGCAAGGCACGUAGGUAGGGUACCCUAGGUAGGGCCAUAUGCAUGCAGGCAUGGUACUGCCAAAGUUUGCGACGGCGGCCUGUUCUGAUCAAACCCAUACGCGCGCGAGAGGGUUGUGGUGUUGCGUCAUGGAUGCAUGUCGUCGCAUGGUUGGCAUCUUCUUCGGGAGGUGGCGACAAUUUUGCCGCAAUGUGAGACUGAGACAUGCAUGUCUUGAUGUAGGAGAUUUUAUUGCUAGCAACAAAAUCUUACCAAGCCCAGCUUGUUGCUGGUGAUCGAUGCCUAUCAAGGAUGCCUAUGCGUUAUGUUCGCAGACACACCGUGUGCUUUCCUUCUCGAUCGUGCGUGUGCUGCGACCUACGAGCUUCCUUGUGCUGUAGUCGAGGUUUUGCUCUUC